UUGUGAUGCGUUUCGCUUUCUCUUUGCUCUGCUCAUUCUAUAAAAUACAUUCAAAACAGCAACACAAAGUUCAGAAAAACUUAUAAUGCCUUUAAAACUCACCGGAACUACCUUUCCGUCGUCGUCGCCGCCGUUACGGCAUACAUUCUCCUCUCAAUCUCUCUUGCGGAGGUGUCCUGAUGGAGUUUCCAUGGCCGCCAGUACUGUUGCCUUCUCCACCAAGGAGGUUUCAAAUCUAAAGAAGCCCGGUUGUCCUCCGAGGGAGGUACAUGUUCCAGGGACUCGUAUAAUGUCUCCACAAAAACUGGAGAUAUUCAAAUCCAUGGAGGUUUGGGCUGAGGACAACAUCUUGGUGCACCUAAAACCCGUAGAGAAAUGUUGGCAGCCACAAGAUUUUCUUCCAGACCCGGAAUCAGCAGGCUUUUUCGAGCAAGUGGCGGAAUUGAGGGGAAGGGCAAGGGAACUUCCUGAUGACUAUUUUGUGGUGCUGGUUGGAGAUAUGAUCACUGAAGAAGCACUUCCAACUUACCAGACAAUGCUUAACACCCUCGAUGGAGUUCGAGAUGAGACUGGCGCAAGCCUUACGCCUUGGGCAAUUUGGACACGGGCAUGGACUGCUGAAGAGAAUAGGCACGGGGACCUUCUUAAUAAGUACCUUUACCUCUCUGGAAGAGUGGAUAUGAGGCAAAUUGAGAAGACAAUUCAGUAUCUGAUUGGUUCAGGAAUGGAUCCUAAAACGGAAAACAAUCCAUACUUGGGUUUCAUCUACACUUCAUUUCAGGAGAGAGCAACAUUCAUAUCCCAUGGGAACACAGCUAGACUGGCCAAGGAGCAUGGUGACAUGAAGUUGGCACAAAUAUGUGGCAUCAUUGCUGCCGAUGAAAAGCGUCACGAAACUGCUUACACAAAGAUAGUGGAGAAGCUUUUCGAGAUUGACCCUGAUGGCACUAUCAUGGCUUUAGCUGACAUGAUGAGGAAAAAGAUUUCAAUGCCUGCUCACUUGAUGUUUGAUGGGCAGGAUAUUAACCUUUUCGAACACUAUUCCACUGUGGCUCAGAGGAUUGGGGUGUACACCGCCAAGGACUAUGCCGAUAUUCUGGAAUUUCUGGUGGGAAGAUGGAAGGUAGAAAAUCUAACUGGUCUUUCUGGCGAAGGGUGUAGCGCACAGGAUUUUGUAUGCGGGUUACCUUCGAGAAUUAGAAGGUUGGAGGAGCGAGCACAGGGAAGAGUCAAGCAAGCGUCUUCUGCGCCAUUUAGCUGGAUUUUCGGCAGAGAACUGAAGCUUUGAGCGAAAAUGCUGCGAAUGUAGUACCAUUUUAAUGGUAUUUGUAGAUAUGCACGCUUAUUCUCAGAGUGGCAUUAGAUACCAAAAUAAGAACAGAUGGUUAAUAGAACAGCAGAACUAUAGUUGUGUAUGUCUGCUCAUUGGCCUCUCUUAUCAGAAAAUAAAAUCAAGAGGUUGGUGUUUACUGCAUAUUGUUAAAGUUCUAUUGUUAGCAAAGGGUCAUCACGGUCCCAAAUUUGUAUGUUA